CUACGCUCACACGUGCAUUUGUUUAUAUUUGGGAGUGCGGGAAUUCUCAGUUGGACAUUUUUUCUAGAAUUUUAAAAUAUAUUUUAUUAUAUUAAUAAUACAAUAAAAUGGUCUUCUUUACUUGCAAUCAUUGUGGAGAGUCCGUAAAGAAACCGGCCGUGGAAAAGCAUUACAACACCAAAUGCAGGAAUCGUGUUAAAAACGUAUCUUGUAUGGACUGUCAAAAAGAUUUCCAUGCCGAAGAGUAUGUGGCCCACACUAAAUGCAUUACCGAAUUAGAAAAGUAUUCCGGCAAGAAUUUUGUGCCACGUGAAUCCCUAAAUAGUGGACAAAAGAAACAAGAAUCCUGGAUGGACAUUGUACGUUCAAUUUUAAAUUCCCAAGAAUACGAUCUAUCAACACAGACGCGCAACAUAUUCCAACGGCUACAAAAUUACGAUAAUGUACCACGGAAGAAAGCUAAAUUCCAAAACUUCGUGGCCAAUUGUUUGCGGGUCCCAGCUAAACAAGCAGAGCCGGUUUGGUCUGUUUUGGAAAAAGAAUUAGAAAAUAUGAAAAAGGCAAAACAAGAAGAAAUGGCUGCUGCCAAGAAGGCUCAGGAAGAAGCCAAAAAGGCAAAGGAAGCAGCUCAGCCGCAACAAAAUGGCAAUAAACGGAAGGCUGAGGAGGAAACCAAUGGCGUAGAUAGUGUUGAGAAAAAUAAAAAAAAGAAAAAGUCUGAAAGUAGCGAACAAGUGGAAGAAGUAGCAGAAAAUGGCAAUGCUGAAACAAUAGAAGAAUCGGAGGAAUUCCAAUGGUCCACUGUUUUAGAGAAACUUGUGGCCAAAAAUGCCGAGGGAAUUGCCUUGGAAAAACUAAAAAAGAAAUUGCUUAAGAAAUACAAAAGCAAACUGGCCUUAGAAGAGCUAAGUGAGAAACAACAAAAGAAGUUUGAUAAGAAAUUUUCCAAAACCCUUAAGAAAUGUCCAGCUAUACAAGUAGAAAAUGAAAUAGCCAAACCCUGCUGAUACAUAGACGUAAUAUAUUUAUAGUUUUUAAAGUAAUUUGUUUAUAAGAAUUCUAGUGUAAUUGAAGAAGUAUAUUUUUGUAAUAUAUUAAAAACAAUUUACAAACCACAAACAAAAUUGUCCGUUAUUUACACAAAUCGCUGAGGCCUUCAACUUUGCUGAAAAUGUUUGGUAAAACCACAAACAGUAUUUGUACAAAUUUUGUUUCCGUUGCAUGGCUUAUAGUGGUAGAGGAAGACAAGAAUUUGUAAAAAGUUUUUUUUUUCACAUUGCCGUUAAAAUGUGUUGAACAAAUUGGCUUCUUUUAAAAAUUUAACUAUAAAUAUUCUUGAAUAUCUUCCAAAACAUCAUCAGUUCUUCUUCAACACUCUCAGUGGCAAUUCAUCAGCAAGGAAAACAAACUCAAGAAAAAUGUCUUCUUAUUUCUCCAAUGUAUUUUGCUUUGUUUUCCUUGCCCUGCUGGCCGUUACCUUUGCCGCACCUGGACAUUUACAUCACCACCAUCAUUCCGUAGCUGUUGUAGAACAUCAUCCCGUAGUUGUCCACAAGCCAGUUGUUGUUCAUAAGCCAGUGGUUGUGCACAAACCGGUAGUUGUGCACAAAGCUGAGGUUGUCCAUGUUCCAGUGGUGGUACACCAUCCCGUCAUUGUUCACCACCCAAUUCAUCACCCUGUGCAUCAUCAUCACCAUUUACAUCACUAAGGCAGGAAUUGGUAUUGGUCGAUACACACGAUAAUCGAAUAAAUGGAUUAGAUGAUUCUCUUUUGAAAUUCAUGCGAAAUUGAGGCAAUGAUUUUAUUUUUAACAUUUCUUUCAUAAGUUAUUACAAAGCAGAGGAAACAUUAAAAUGUUUUAAAAAUUAA